UUUUUUUUUUCUCUCUCGUUUUCCCUCGGGCUACGCCUCUUCCUCUCUCUCCGUCCGCAGGAGGCCGCAGCCGCUUCGGGAUCGGGAAGCGGAGGAGAGGGGAAGGAAGGGAGAGAGGCAGGCGACCCGGCCGCGCAGCUUCCCCCCCUCCCUCUCUCUCUCUCUCUCCGCCGCCCCCCCUCCCCCCUACCACCACCACCACCCGCCGCCGCCGCACGAUGAGCUCCGGCGCCGCCUCGCCCCCGCCGCCGCCGCCCGCCGCCGCGGAGGACGGGAGGGUCACCUCGCACGUGGAUCCCUUCCUCGUCGAGGCGCUCGACAACCCUCGCCACCGCCUCAUGGUUUUGCGUAUGGCAAUGGAUAUACAGAAAUUUAUGCAGAAUCCUCAACUGCAUGAAUUCGAAUUCCAGCAUUUUCCAACUUCUUAUCUCCGCUGUGCUGCUCAUCGUGUUGCACAACACUAUGGUUUAGAGACUACAGUAGCAGAUAGCUUAGUAGAUGGUUCAGUUAGCAAGAUAGUUGCAAAGAAAACAUCUGAAAGCAAACUUCCAGUUAUUGCAUUGUCAGAAGUUCCCAGCAAACAAGCAAGAAAUGAGCAUGAAGCUGCAGAGAAGCUUAAGUUUGUUAUUUGUCCAAGGCCCAAGGCUUUCCAAAAUGGUGCAGGUGAUGCCGGUGCCAAGAACAAUGCAGCAAGAACUGUUGAAGAGAGGAUAGAGGAAUACAACAAAGCACGAGCACGCAUUUUCAACGGUUCCAUUUCUGAUAUUGAAGGCACAAGUGAUUUGGGAGCUUUAUCUGUUGCGAGAGAUGAACCAAUUAAUGUUGAGCCUCCUGUUGAUGAGAAUAAGGUGAACACAAUGAACAGCCGUUCCAGAGUUGCUGUUUUUAAGGACACUGAAAAGGAUCGUAGUGAUCCUGACUAUGAUCGUAACUACAAGAGGUAUGUUAGGGGCCCAGUGCACGACUUCAAUGUGAGUCCUGGUGGCUUCAAUUUUGUUGUGCCACAGUUUAUGCAGUAUGGUGUUGGUUUUAUGCAGUCUGCUAAUAUGUCAAGAAACCAACCUUCUGUGUACUUUGGCCAACCCGAUUUAUCUAUGGGCUCCUCUUCUGGAACUGCUGUCUACCCACAGUGGCCAACUCCAGCAAUGAUAUACCCCCAUUGCUAUGACAAUCUUGGGCAUAUGAUUUCUCAGGUUCCGGUUUACCAGUCCUUCAACCAUGGCUGAGAGAUCCUACUUGCUGGAAUGCGCCAAGUUUGUUAAAACUUGCUAUGUUGUGUUGUCAUAUGUUGAGUCCAUUUGUAGUCAAACUUUCCCAGCGUCGAACUUCCGUGUAGCGUCAAAAGAUAGCUGUAUAAGAAUUCCUAUUUCGAUGAGACGUUAUUGUGCACUAAUUUACAAACAAUAGUACUAGUCUGCGUAUCAGUUCGAACA